GGCUGUGCGACUAGAGAGAAGCUCCCUUGAACCCGCCUUCCUUCCUCCAACUAUCCAACAGUGAGCAACGCCUUACCACGACGCCUGACACCAUGGGUCUGAAGAGUACUCUCGCGGCGCUUAUGCUCGCCGUCCCCUUGGGACUGGCGCAUCCCGGACACGAGAAGGUCUACCAGCACAAUGCCGUGCCCCUCGAGGCCCGGUCGCUCAACCACUGCAAGCGGCACUUUGAGAAGGAAGAGUUCAUGAAGAGGACCGUGGAGAUCCACGGUGCUGAGCUGUCCAGGCUCCGGAGAGCUGCGGGCCUGGAGGCCGAGGACGCGGUCCCGAUCCACAAGCGAGACUACAUCUCCGUGUCCAAGAUCGACCACAAGAGCUCCACGCCCGUGACCGCGACGACGGACCCGUUCUCUCUGUUCGCGGAUGCCGGAGCUUGCAUGCUCAUGCCCGCGGUGGACCAGGGCCCGCUCUACGUCAAGGGCGAGGAAGUCCGGAAGGACAUCACCGAGGGCCAGGCCGGCAUCAAGCUGACCCUCGCCAUCCAAGUCGUGGAUUACAAGACCUGCGAGGUCGUGCCCGAUGCUUUCGUGGAUAUCUGGAGCUCCAACGCCACGGGAAUGUACGUCGGCGUCCAAGGCUAUCCCGGCAUGGGAGACCCGAACGACGCCUCGAUCCUGAAGGGAACGACUCUUCGUGGGAUCCAACCCACCGACGCCCACGGUGUCGCCACCUUUGACAGCCUGUUCCCCGGCCACUACUCUGGCCGCGCGACCCACAUCCACGCUAUCGUCUACCUCGGUGCCAAGAAGGAGGCCAACAACACCAUCACUGGCGGCCGUGCGGCGCACGUCGGGCAGAUCUACUUCGACCAGAGCCUGAUCACGAACGUGGACAAGAACACGCCGUACAGCAGCAACACGAUGAAGAUCCAGCUCAACACGGGCGACUUCCUGUUCCAGCAGGGCGCCAACGGCGACGACCCGAUCGCGCGCUACGCCCUCGUCGGCGACUCGUUCGCCAACGGCAUGUUCGCCUGGAUCCGCUUCGGCAUCAACACGGCCGCCUCCAAGAACGUCAACCCGGCCGCCUUCUGGACCGCCGACGGCGGCGUCAUGAACCCCACCGGCCCCAUCUCCCAGAUCACCGGCGGCGGCGCCUUUGGCGGCUUCGGCGGCUUCGGCGGCUUCGGUCGCAAGAAGCGCGAGGCGCAGAAGGCGGCCGAGAAGGAGAACAAGUAA